UACAAAGAGAAUACGGCUUCGACUUCGAGCGCUUCCAAUAGGUCUCAGUUGCCAUCGAAUCCAUGUCCGAUUGGAUCUCCGACUCGUAUUUCGGGUUUAUUUCGCAAGAAUUCACCCAAAAAUGGCUACAAAUCAGGUGAGAGUGGGAGCGAAACGAGUGCUAAAAGACCGGCAUUUAUGAGUGGAUUCGAGAAGAAAGUGGUCGAAGAGGUGAAGAAGGGCUCAAUGGAUGUGUCGAAAGCGAGACAAGCGUUGAAACACAUGAAGAACUCGUUUAAGAAUCCGAUGAAACAGAACAACACCGAGAAUGAGGAGCCCAUUGAUCCGCACCUCAAGAACAUUGAUCCCAAUCUUAUAGAAGUGAUUGAAAACGAGAUAAUCACUGCCUUAGAGCCCAUCAAUUGGUCGGACGUCGCGGGACUCGAGUUCGCGAAGAAUAAGAUCCAAGAGAUCGCUGUUUUGCCACUUCUUAGACCCGAUCUGUUUCGCGGUUUACGGAAACCACCGAAAGGUAUUGUACUAUUCGGACCGCCGGGCACUGGGAAGACAUUUCUGGGCCGUUGUAUCGCCUCUCAGACCAAAUCGACAUUCUUCUCGAUCACAGUGUCGGCGCUGAACAGCAAAUGGAUAGGAGAGGGCGAGAAGACUAUACGCGCGAUGUUUGCGGUCGCGAGGGCUCGACAGCCGUCCGUUAUAUUCAUCGAUGAGAUCGACUCACUGCUGAAGACCCGGUGCGACAGCGAACACGAGUCCUCCCGACGCAUGAAAACUGAGUUUUUGGCUCAAUUUGAAGGCGUCGGCACCGUUUCGGACGAAAAGCUGCUGAUAAUCGGCGCCACAAACAGACCGCAGGAGUUGGACGACGCGGCCCGGCGUCGACUGUCCGCCAAACUGUAUAUCCGACUGCCGGACGCCUCCGCUCGCAAACAAAUCAUCGAAAAUUGCAUUAAAACAGAGAAACACUGUUUAAGCGAAGAGCAGAUGCAGUCGUUGGCCGACCAGACGGACGGCUACUCGUGCGCUGAUAUGAGAGACCUGUGCCGCGAGUCAGCGAUGGAACCCAUGAGAGACUCCAUUAUAAUGAGUAAUAUCACAGACAUAUCGGUCCAUGAGAUCCGUUCCAUCACUUCCGAGGACUUUGUGAAGAACUUAUCGUAUGUUAAGCCGACGGUCAGGAAGGAAGACAUCUUGAUGUUUGAGAAGUGGAACCACGAGUUCGGCACCAAUUGUCGACAAAAUUAGCUUUUGUUUAUUCAAAG